CACCGCUGCACCUGGGCACUGGGGGCUGAAGAGGAAAGCUAGAAUCUUAAGUGGGAAAAUCCUAAGUGGCGGGGAAUAGCUUCUGGUGGGAAAGAUGGGAGGUUAGGUGGCGAGAGUCCAGCGGUCCCCCCUGUUUCAGGCGCGGAUCCCCGCGCCCAGUUGUGGAGAGGAGCGCGCGGGGAGGGAGCGGGUGGGGGGCGGCGGCGGCGGCGGCUCGCGGUGUUGUUCGCUCGCGCGUCGAGCACACUGUGGGUCCGGCGACCGGCGGGAGCCGCAGGCGGCGUUCCCUGUGGCCCGGUCCUUCGGCCACUGUUCGGAGCGGGUUCCACCCGGGAGCUUACUCUCUUGGAGGCUCUACGUGGAGUCCUGGGAGCUGAGGGGAACCGGCGGCUGCCGCCGAAGCAUGAAAAAGGGAUAAGGCAAGAGACCCCCCAAGGUUUCACGCCUGACACUGAGCUAGCCUCUAAAGAUGCAGAAAUGAAUAAGAUAUGAUCCAUAUUUGUUCUUGGGAGAGCAAAACAAGCAAGCCUGUGAUUCCACAAUACAAACAAUAAGAUCUUGGAAACGCAAGCUGACUUAAGGAAGAUUUUUGCCUCCUAGGAACGCUCAUUUAAACAUAGAUGCGUACAGUACAGAAGAGUGUAAUUGUUAGUAUUUAGGUAGAUGCAUACACAGGUCAAAGUUGUGGGCACCAAUGAAUAGAUGUUUACAUCUGCCUAGAAGAUUCAGUAACGCUACAGGAAAGAGGUGAACUGGCACAGAGGUUGAGGUCAAGAUGCCAUUAGUGAAAAGAAACAUUGAUCCUAGGCACUUGUGCCACACAGCACUGCCUAGAGGCAUCAAGAAUGAACUGGAAUGUGUAACCAAUAUUUCCUUGGCAAAUAUAAUUAGACAACUAAGUAGCCUAAGUAAAUAUGCUGAAGAUAUAUUUGGAGAAUUAUUCAAUGAAGCACAUAGUUUUUCCUUCAGAGUUAACUCACUACAAGAACGUGUGGACCGUUUAUCUGUUAGUGUUACACAGCUUGACCCUAAAGAAGAAGAAUUGUCUUUGCAAGAUAUAACAAUGAGAAAAGCUUUCCGAAGUUCUACAAUUCAAGAUCAGCAGCUUUUUGACCGCAAGACUUUGCCUAUUCCCUUGCAGGAGACAUACGAUGUUUGUGAACAGCCUCCACCUCUCAAUAUACUCACUCCUUAUAGAGAUGAUGGUAAAGAAGGUUUGAAGUUUUAUACCAACCCUUCAUAUUUCUUUGAUCUAUGGAAAGAAAAAAUGUUGCAAGAUACAGAGGAUAAGAGGAAGGAAAAGAGGAAGCAGAAGGUAUUACAAGAGAUUCAAAAAAUUGAACAGAAAAAUCUAGAUCGUCCUCAUGAACCAGAAAAAGUGCCAAGAGCACCACAUGACAGGCGGAGAGAAUGGCAGAAGCUCGCCCAAGGUCCAGAGCUGGCUGAAGACGAUGCUAAUCUCUUACAUAAACAUAUUGAAGUUGCUAAUGGCCCAGCCUCUCAUUUUGAAACAAGACCUCAGACAUAUGUGGAUCAUAUGGAUGGAUCUUACUCACUUUCUGCCUUGCCAUUUAGUCAAAUGAGUGAGCUUCUGACUAGAGCUGAGGAAAGGGUCUUAGUCAGACCACAUGAACCACCUCCACCUCCGCCAAUGCAUGGAGCAGGAGAUGCAAAACCUAUACCCACCUGUAUCAGUUCUGCUACAGGUUUGAUAGAGAAUCGCCCUCAGUCACCAGCUACAGGCAGGACACCUGUGUUUGUGAGCCCCACCCCCCCACCUCCUCCACCACCUCUUCCAUCUGCCUUGUCAACUUCUUCAUUAAGAGCGUCAAUGACUUCAACUCCUCCCCCACCAGUGCCUCCCCCACCUCCACCUCCAGCCACUGCUUUGCAAGCUCCAGCAGUACCGCCACCUCCAGCUCCUCUUCAGAUUGCCCCAGGAGUCCUCCACCCGGCUCCCCCGCCCAUUGCACCUCCUCUAGUGCAACCCUCUCCACCGAUAGCUAGAGCCACCCCCGUCUGUGAGACUGUACCCGUUCAUCCACUCCCACAAGGUGAAGUCCAGGGGCUGCCUCCACCCCCACCACCGCCUCCUUUGCCUCCACCUGGCAUUCGACCAUCGUCACCUGUCACAGUUGCAGCUCUUGCUCAUCCUCCCUCUGGGCUACAUCCAACUCCAUCUACUGCCCCAGGUCCCCAUGUUCCAUUAAUGCCUCCAUCUCCUCCAUCACAAGUUAUACCUGCUUCUGAGCCAAAGCGUCAUCCAUCAACCCUACCUGUAAUCAGUGACGCCAGGAGUGUACUUCUGGAAGCAAUACGAAAAGGUAUUCAGCUACGAAAAGUAGAAGAGCAGCGUGAACAGGAAGCUAAACAUGAACGCAUUGAAAAUGAUGUUGCUACCAUCCUGUCCCGCCGUAUCGCUGUGGAAUAUAGUGAUUCAGAAGAUGAUUCAGAAUUUGAUGAAGUAGAUUGGUUGGAGUAAGAAAAAUGCAUCGAUAAAUAUUACAAAACUGAAUGCAAAUGUCCUUUGUGGUGCUUGUUCUUUGAAAAUGUUUGGUCAUUCCAGUGUUUUGCUUUCUUUUCCUUAAGAUAAAUAACCCGUUUUCCUCCAUAAUUUUUGAUUUCUAAGAAAGAUAUUAGCAUACAUUUCAAACUAACGUUUUACAGUGGCUUAUCUUUUUUAUUUUUCCCUGAAAAGACAUAAUUUGGUCAAAUAAACCACUAAGUAUUAAGCAUGGACAGCUGUUGUUAGAGUAGCAGAUUCUGUUUUUUGAUAUAUCUUAAUUGUGCACUUUGUGAAUUUAAUUUAAAGAAAGCAACUAAGAUUGAAAUCUUGAGGGCAGCUGUAUCUAUUAAUGAGCCUUAUUCCAUUUCUUGAUGUUUUAAAAGAAGAAACACUGCCUUGAAUAUAUGAAUACACUCAGAAAGUACAUUUAGCUUGUAGUAUUGAAUUCUCUUAAAGGAAUGCUUGAAUUUUUUUUAAUUAUUGUUUUAUUGUUUUUAAAUAUUUGCCUUAUUUGAAUGUUUAGCAGCACCCCCUCCCCACUUAUAUAUUGUGUGGUAUGAUUUUGCUUGCCUAUAAAGAAUUUAAAAUAUUUCCAUGUGAAAUACUCUGACAUAAACAUACAUGUAACUUACAUAACUGUUAAGAACAGUCUGAUUUAAUAAAUGGUUCAUUUUAAAGGUUAA